AUGUCUGGCACGGAUGAGAUCUCCCAGAGGAGCAGUCCCGCCGGCUCCGCGUUCGACGAUGGACCCAAAGAGCAGACGCCCUCGCCAGCUGAGCUUCUCAUCGAGCGUAUCUGGAACAUCCUCGCCGCCACGCUCCGCAGCACCCCUCAAUCCCUUGCGGGGAGAAUGAAAGGCAUCCCCGGCCAACGCGGUUUCGUCGAUUCGAUGCGAGAGCAGGCCGGACGAUGGCCGGAAUGCUACACUUUCCAAAUCUCCUACUCACAACGUCUCCCACUGCUGCGACCAGACGUUAACGAUUUGAUACUAGGAACUUGA